CGGCACAUCACAUUUUUGCAGUGAAGUGAUGAUUUCAUUGCUUCACAUUUUUGCAGUGAAGCAAUGAAUGUGGAUGAGUCUUAUCACAUGUAUGAGUGGCAGGUCAGGUCUCUUCCACGACAACAGCCCACUAGCGUGAUACGUUGACGAGCUGUCGGUACCACACGCACACACAAGCCCGCCAUGGGGCCAUCAGAGAAACCUCCCAAUACAUAAUGAAGCUCACAUCAUACAAAUCACAUCAGAACUCAACAGACAAGUGGUGUGCAAACCGUCUUUCAGCUUUUGCGGAAACAAGACACGGAAAAAACUCAUUCAACAUGCGAAAGAAAGGUGGAUAUUUCUCUGCUGAUCUGUCAAGCAGGCAGCUGACGAAUAUAUGAAAAGAAAAUCACGCAGUAGUCAAAGCGUUCUCCCGGCUGGUCCUGAAUCCCCUCUUCCUGGUCUCCCUGCAUGGGGCUUUCAAUCGUCCCCCUCAUGUGCUAUCAAACCGUCGGAUUGUGAAGCACCGCGGUCUCCAGUUGUCUCCUCUUUCGGGGAACCAAGUCCACCACGGCUGUUUCUCCGUCGCUGGCGGCUUUCCGUCGGCUGUGUACCACUGAUAGUGAUUCUUCCACUGCCCGCUGAACUGGUGAAUGAGAAAGGCAUCGGGAUGGCUGCAGCGACGCGUCGCAUGCGAAUGCGGUUGGCCCGCUGCGAAUCGAUUGACACUCAGUAGCCGCACAUCGCCCACGACGCGGUCCUGUGGACGGGCUGUUGAAUGAGCCUCGAUGACCGUCUCCUUCCCCAUGCCGAAAAGAUACAUGUACUCGAGGAUGGCGUCCGUCCAUGUUAUCGGCCCAGUGAGGAAGACGGCGCUGGUGUCUGAGGCGCCGGCAGCCUUAAUUUCCUCCACUUUGUGCUUGAUCCGCAUCAGAGUCGUAAGGGGAAUAGCGUGUCGCGGUGCAAACGCGUAACUCCACUGCAUUUGCCAAAGGACAGCAGAGGGAGGGCAUGAGAAUGGGGAGUGUAAUGGUACCUGUGCGAACUCCAGCUUCCCGCCGUCAGCCUUUUCGACACCAAUCAAGCCUGCACAAACUCGCCGACUAACUCACAUGCCGUCUGCACAGUCAAGUCACUCUCACCUCUUGUGUUGCUGUCGCUCAGCAGCUCAUCCAGUGGCCGCCGACAGUGGAUAUCUGAGUCCAUGAAGAGCCCGCCACGGUCAUACACUAUCAAGUACGACCAAAAGUCCUGCUCAGACAGAGCAGCGAGAGGCCGUACAGGCUCAUGGUGGUGCUGGUCUGCUGACGACGAACCUUCUUUUCGAUGACGUUCUUGAAGAAGCCCCACACGUCAAGCAGUUCAGGAAACCCUUCUGUGACGUACUCGUCCAUCCCGCUGUCGUCGUAGACAUUGAAGUUCCAGCCAGGAUUCACCCUCUUGCACCUGGCGAGAUUCUCCCGCUGCCACUUCUUCAUGGUGUUCUUGUCUUUGACGGUCAGGAAGACCUGAAACAGACAAGCGGGCAGAUAGACGCGCAGACAGGCAGACGAUGAUGACAGUAACUGUUGCAGACGCACGCUCUGAGCCAUCCUUAUUAUUAGACACCUGCCGGGGUAUCGUGGUGCCAUUGCUGGAUGAACUGCUGGCGAUUGUCGCAUCAUCAUCAUCAAGAACAGCGCCAUGGAGAUGGCGGAGGAGGGCGGGCGGAGCGACAGAGGCCGGCUCUUGCAGGGGACACGCUACUUCAACUCGGUGGGCGAACCAAGUGAAGGCUGCGAAGGAGAAGAGCACGAGGCCGAGAAGCGCGGGAAGCAGCGACAU